AUGUCACCGCAAGACACCCCCGGCCGCUCGGCCGAGGAGAAGCCUGAAGGCUUGUCUAAGUAUCUGAAGCGCAUGAAGACUGUUCUGCGCCCGCGCUCAGGUUCCAAGCGCCAGUCCGUUGCGGCCCUCCCCGAACCCGCCGGUCCAUCGUCCAGCGAAGCAGCUGCUCCUGCAACAACCGUGCCUGACCGCAAACCCACCGGCGCCGAACCACCAGCCAAGCUCACCGACUACAGCGCCAUGCAGCAGGAGAAAGCCCGCGUGCUCUUCGCCAAAUACGGCCUCACCCUCGAGCCCGGCGAGUGGAAGUCGCCCACGGACCUGCAACUCACCCGGGUGACCAAGCCGAUCCGGAUGCGCGUGCGGCGCACCUGCCACCGCUGUGAAACGACCUUCGGGCCCGAGAAGGUCUGCGUCAACUGCCAGCACCCACGAUGCAAGAAGUGCCCGCGCUUCCCGCCCCAGUGCGAGAAGGACGACGAGCACUCGCGCGUGCCUCGUGCAAAGAUCUCCGAGAUCCGUGCCCGCCAGCCCGGCUCGCUGCCCAUCACGCCGCACCUCAAGUUGACGGGUAACCCGGCGGCACCGCUGACGAUGCCGUCGCGCACGGGCGGGGAGGACCUCGUCCGCAAGCAGGUCAUGCAGCGUGUGCGCCGGCGAUGCCACUCAUGCCAGACCGCCUUCGCGCCAGGCUCGAAGGAGUGCCUGUCUUGUAGCCAUGUGCGCUGCAAGAAAUGUCCGCGCGAGCCGCAUAAGCCGGACAAAUAUCCGGAUGGGUAUCCGGGCGACGUGGAACCGCCGAAGCUGAAGCCCGAUCGGACGUACAGGAAGCCACGGCGCCGGGUGCAUUAUAUAUGCCAUGUGUGCAAGACGGAUUAUAACCAUGGCGUGAAUACGUGCGCGAAGUGUGCACAGGCGAAGUGCGCGGAGACUAUACGGAUUCCGCCGAAGAAAAUUCCACGAGAACCGGACCCCGAUGUCGUCCGGCGAGUCGAAGAGAGAAUAGCAGCCCUGCGGAUCGCGGAGUGA